CAAGAGCUCGGGGGGGAAGAGUUGAUCUUGAUAGCGAUACCAGUUUACAGAACCCAGAAAGCUGUUAUCAUGACACAAGUCGCACAGCACGUCACCAGCCGGUACCUCAAGAAGGCGAGCCUCCAACAGCUCCUUGAGAAGAUCUUUCCGGGGCACACCAACUUUGAGAUUGAGAUGAGAGAUGAUAUUUGGCAUUUCAAAGCCCCGAAACAAGUUAAUAACGUAUAUUAUGCAAAGUCCAGUAGACGUCGCAUUACCUCGUUGUUCGACGCUAAUGUGUAUAAUAGGACGAGAUAGAGUAAACACCACUAAUACGAUUGAGAGCAAAUCAUGAGCCGAGACAUUGAGCUAAUGAGAGAUCCUAGUGCCGUGCGAGAUGAAUGAAAUUUGUUGAUGGCGGGUUUCCAGCGGGUGGGCAGUGCAAGUAAGGGUGACAUGUCAGCAGCAAGGCAAGGCAGGUGGUCGAUCGACCACCGACGGUAGACAGCCUUGCGCCAAUUUGAAUGCAGAUAAUAAAUAAGCACCGC